AUGAAAGGAUAUCUUCCUAAUAUCGAACUGAGAUUUUAUUUCAUCUUUUCUGUUGUAUUGUACAUGACAAUGAUGUACAACAUCCAGAUACUAAGCAACGCUAGUUUAUCAGCAUAUAACUUGAUGGAUGACGGAUGGAAAAUAUUUAAUAGAAAAGUCGACAAUUAUGACAGUGAAUGGCAGGUUUUUAAAGAACUAAUAGCAAAUUAUUGGUACUGGUUUGCGAUUCACAUAAUUUGCACAGAGAUAUUUAGAUUUACAAAGUUCAAAAAUAUUUCAUUACUCUAUUUUAUUAUUGGAGCAUUCGCAUGCUUUAAAAUUUACAACAUGCGAUUCUUCCUUGCCUUAAUUACACAAACAGUUAUAUGCUAUGGGGUCAGCACAGUUUUUAAAAGAAAAACACACAUUUGGGUACUUACUUCUAUCUGGCUUGUGAUACUAAAUUCCCUUAAAUUUGAGUCAUACUUUCAAUUGGCUGUGGAUACGCUGGAUGUAGAAGAAUCAAAGGUUCAUGACUUUCUUGUGAUUUUUGCUUGGUGUAUUUUAAAGAACGUCAGCUUCAAUUUGGAAAGGAUAUCAUGCGAGGAAAAGGAUAAAGAGAAAUUUACAUUCAUUCAUUGCCUUGGAUACAUGUUUUACUUCCCAUCAUUUCAUUGUGGACCAACCGUUAUUUAUAGUCGAUACAUGAGCAUGCUUGACUAUCUCAAUGCAUCAAUUGAUAAGGAAUAUAAUCUCGAAAUGAUCAAGACUCGAUCAAAACAUUUUAUGCUGCAAAUGUUGAGAUUUUUUGGAUGGUUUGUGAUAACAGAAAUUGGACUGCACUUCUUCUAUAUCCAUUACAUAGUGAUGAGCAAGAGUCUUAAGUCUGUAAACAUUUUCGCAUUAUUUGGACUUGGAUUUCUCAAUGGACAGUUCUUUAAUAAUAAAUAUAUCAUUCAAUAUGGAAUCCCUAUAGCUUUUGGAGAAUUUGAAAAUAUUCCAAUGCCAAGCACUCCAAGAUGCAUAUGUAGAGUCCAUAAAUACAGUGAUAUGUGGAAAUGGUUUGAUAAUGGACUCUAUGAAUUCUUAUUUAAAUACAUUUACACAAAAAUGACCACAAGAAGUUCCACAGUAAUCAAGAAAAUUUUUGCAAGCUUCAUCACAUUCUUCUUCAUUUAUAUCUGGCAUGGAUUCUUCGAUUACAUUUUAAUCUGGUCAAUUGCAAAUUGUGUCUGCAUUGUUGUUGAGAAAUUUGUAUAUGACUUUAUAGAAAGUGAAAGCUUUAACAGGAAAGCACUUAAAGUUAUAAAAACAGAGAACAAUUUGCAUCGACUUCGAGCUUAUAUUGGAGCUCACAUUCUGAUUCCUGCAAUUUUAUCAAACUUUUUCUUUUUUGGUGGCACACAUUUUGGAAUGGAAUUUAUAACUAGGACCUACACAAAUGGAUUUUGGAAUUAUUUUAAGAUUUCUGGUACGAUAUUUUUACUAUAUCCUAUAGCGGAAGCAAUCAAACGAUAUGAGCAGCAAAGAGAUUCAACUAAGAAGAAAAUUAUUUAUUGA